UUAUGGUAAAGUUCUUCCUGUUCCAUCGGCCUCUGUUCCUUGUUUCUUUUUUAUGGUUGCCCCGGAAAAGGUCGUGUGAAAAGAUGGAUACAUUUUAUACUCUUUUAAGUCUAUAUCUAUUAUUAGGAACAGGUUUUUUAUGCAAUGCAGCACUUAAAGGGCAUUUAGAGCGGCUAGGUUUGCAAAGGACUCCCGAAGGCCAUGUUGAUAUUUUGACGGAGCUACCAAGUCCCGUCGAGUUUUUCGAGAAAUACGUAACUCCAGGGAGACCAGCUGUUUUUAAAGGGGCUGCAAAGAAGAUGCCUGCAUUCAAGAAAUGGGAUGAUGAGUAUCUGAGAACAAACUUUGCAGAUCUCAAGUUUGAUGUAGAAGAGGGAAAGAAAGAAAACAGAUCCUUGCGAACCUUUGUUUUUACAAUGAAAGAAUUUGUUGAUAAAUAUAAAACUGAAGAUGUAUAUAUGGUACAUAGCAUACAGAAGGAAAUGAGAGGGGAUGUAACAUUGUUACCAACUUUAACGUGUGGUGGAUAUGUAAAUUUGCUGCAGGAUAUAGUAAUGUGGUUUUCAAGUGGUGGUACCAAGUCUGUCCUUCAUGCUGAUAAUGUAGACAACAUAAAUUGCCUAUUCAGUGGAGAAAAAGAGCUGUAUAUGGUCGAUAAGAAUCACCAAGAACACAUUGAUAUUGAUGAGCCAAACGGUGGAUACAGCAAGGUCAACCCAGAUGCUGUCGACUUGGACAAGUACCCCGGCAUCGCAAGCGCACCUUGGUGGGAAGCCAAAAUGGAGGCUGGAGACUGCCUGUUCAUCCCCCUUAGUUGGUUUCAUCAAGUUCGGUCAUACAACAGAAAUAUUGCUGUUAAUGUUUGGUUCACCCACCCUCUGAAGAUAAAUGAGUCAGAUUGUGAUGGUAAGGACUGGAAAGAUAAUUACAUCCCACUGAAAAACUACAAACUUAAAUCGAAUGAUGGGGCUCGGCAACUUCUUGCACUUGAAGUAAAAGCAAAGGGAAAAAUAAGCAAGAAGAACUUUUCUAAAUUUUUAAUGAAUGCAUUGCAAGGACAACGUUCGGAGAUAAAAGAGGUGACAAACCUUGCGGACAAGAAUAAUGACAACUACAUAACAAUGGAAGAUAUUGACGCCCUGACGGAGAAGGAUUUGAAAAAAAUUCGACAAAUGAUGCCCAUGGGGGCCGACAUUGAAGAAGAGGGGGACGAGGAAGAAAACUCAGAUGGUGAAGAGGCGGAAGAAGGUGCAGAGGAAGAUAAGCAGGAACAACCCGAUGACGGCUUUCCUGAAGACGAAGGUGCAGAGGAAGAUAAGCAGGAACAACCCGAUGACGGCUUUCCUGAAGACGAAGAAGAAGCUAUUGAGGAGGGUGUGGAUAAGAAAAGCAAUACACACACAGAACUCUAACCCGUGCACCUGUAUCGUGCUUGAUCAAGCUCGAUAUUUUGUUACACUGACAGUCGCUACUAAUGAAAGAAUUGUCUUUCUGUGAAGGUGCCUGGAAAGUUUUGAGGCUACAGUGAGGGAUAACACAAAAUAUAGCUAGUGAAACGGCCUACCCCUGCAGGACCCAUGUGCUUUUCAGGACUAUUUUUUAGGACCGAUUAUAAUUGUUGGUAGAGUUGUUGUUUGCCUUUAUUAAAUGGUAUUGACCGCUGUUUCUAAA